AUGAUGUCUUCCAUACGAGCAUCACCUCCUUUUCACACGCCGCCUGAGGAAGAGGAGGCGCUCGGCCGCAGCAACAACAACACGGUCUGGCUCAAUGACCACGGGGCCAAGGAGACGCCGUCGCCCUCCCCGCCCCAGCGGCCGCACCCAGCCGAACUGCAGCCAAUCAGAGGGAAGCAAAUGGAUGGCGACUUGUGGGACAACGUUGAGUCGGCUGUGAUGGACACAGAGAGCACAAAUAAGGGCUCCUCUGUCGUCUACUCUUACCGUGCCAAUUCAUCCUCACCACCAAAGCCUGAGGAGUGUUCCCGAGAUCGUGGGGAGCAGACAGUGACGGGCGCGGGCCUAGCCUUGGGCACGCCGGAACGCCGCAAGGGAAGCCUGGCGGAUGUGGUGGACACGCUGAAGCAAAAGAAGCUGGUGGAGAUGACCAAGACGGAACAAGACGAGUCGACGUGCAUGGGGAGUCUUCUUUCCAAGGACUGGAAGGAGCACGUAGAGCGUCUCAAUGCCACCGAUUUGCUGGGUGAUGUCAAAGGGACGGCCGAGUCCCUAGAGGAGAAAGAGCACCAACUGUCAUCCAUGAUCAGCCAGCUGAUCAGCUUGAGGGAGCAGCUCCUCUGCGCCCAUGACGAGCAGAAGAAGAUGGCCGCAUCCCAGCUGGAAAAGCAGCGACAGCAGAUGGAGCUUGCUCGUCAACAGCAAGAUCAGAUUGCCAGACAGCAGCAACAGCUCCUGCAGCAACAACACAAGAUCAACGUUCUCCAACAGCAGAUUCAGGUCCAAGGUCACAUGCCCCCCCUCAUGAUCCCUGUGUUCCCUCACGACCAGAGGUCUUUGGCAGCUGCCGCAGCCGCCGCACAGCAAAGCUUCCUCUUUCCACCGGGCAUGUCCUACAAGCCAGCUGGUGACAACUACCCCAUGCAGUUCAUUCCUUCGACAAUGGCGGCAGCAGCGGCAGCGGGCCUCAGUCCGCUUCAGCUACAGCAGCUGUAUGCUGCACAGCUAGCGAGUAUGCAGAUCUCGCCGGGAGCCAAAAUGGCACCCGUCCCGCCGGGGGGACCCAACACGUCCAGUCCAUUGUCGCCCACCGCCCUCAAGAGCGAGAAACGAGCGUCCAGUCCCCUUUUGCAGGUCAAGCUGGAGGAAGGCUCCACGCAGCCGCUCAACCUAUCAGCCCGACCCAAGACCUCGCCGACGUCGCCAACUCCGCAAACGCUAUUUUUAGGGAACAAGGGCAGCCCCACCGGUACUACCAAAGCCCGCAUCCCCAGUCCAGUCUCUGCCAUGGGCCGCAAUGCCUCUUUGGACAUCCUCUCCAGCCUGAACUCUACAGCACUGUUUGGAGAUCAGGACGCUGUAAUGAAGGCCAUCCAGGAGGCCAGAAGUAUGAGAGAGCAGAUCCAGAGGGAGCAGUUCCACCACCAGCAGGCACCUGCUCCUCCUCCACCUCCACCACCACCUAAUCAUCACCCUCAUCAUCAUGCAGCCCCUCCUGGACAUCAAAGCUUGGAGGCCAAGCUGUCAGCAUUGAGCAGUAUGAGUCUUAACAACGGCAACAAGGAGCGUCUGCACUAUGAAACACUGAGCCACCACCUGGGCAAACUUGGCGAGGAUGCUGGAAAGAUGGUCCAUCGAGUCAUCGAUCUGACCAGACCAGAAGAUCUGGACGGAAGCAACAUGUCAGAAGCUCGCGUGUUCCGGGAGGCGCGUGGUAGGAGCAACAACGAGCCGCACAUCAAAAGGCCCAUGAACGCUUUCAUGGUUUGGGCCAAGGAUGAGCGCAGGAAGAUCUUGCAGACCUUUCCGGACAUGCACAACUCCAACAUCAGCAAGAUCCUGGGUUCCCGCUGGAAGGCGAUGAGCAACCAGGAGAAGCAGCCAUACUACGAGGAACAAGCGCGCCUCAGCAAAAUCCACCUGGAGAAAUAUCCCAACUACAAGUACAAGCCGCGACCCAAGAGGACGUGCAUCAUUGACGGCAAGAAGCUACGCAUCGGCGAGUACAAACAGAUGAUGCGGUCGCGGCGUCAGGAGAUGAGACAGUUUUUUGUGGGGCCUCAGGCUCCCCUUCCCUUGGGCAGUACCGCAGGUGGCAUGGGUGUCUACCCAGGCUCCAUUACCAUGGCGACUGCCACAACCCCCUCACCUCACUUGACCUCUGACUGCUCAAGCAACUCGGCCAGCCCCGAGCCAGCCGUGCCAGUCAUCCAAAGCGCGUACGACGCCGUCAAGGACGUACCUGCCCUGGACAUGGGCAGACACCCCGCUAACGGCGACGAAGACACGGACAUGUACGACGACUACGAAGACGAGCCCAAGUCGGAUUACAGCAGCGAGCACGAGACGCAGCAGGACAUCAGCGCCGACUGA